AUGGCACCUUCUGUGGACCGGGACGCCAUCCCGGGCACGUUCACUCUAGUGGAUUUGGAACAUGUCAUGGCGAGUCGGCAUUUGGAUCGAGGAAAUAGCGAUAUCGUUCUCGUACCUCAACCGUCCAAUGAUCCGGAUGAUCCGCUGAAUUGGUCUCCAAGACGGAAGCUGAUGUCUACGGUCUGCGUGAGCGUGUAUACCCUGUUCAAUGGAAUUGCAUGCUCUGUCGUCUAUUCGGUCUUGGUUCCUCUUUCCGAGGCCACGGGCGUCAGCGUCAGUACGUUGAACGAGGGUACGGGGUAUCUGUUUCUGCUGGCCGGUUGGGGGCUCUUGUUCUGGCAACCGUUUGCGCUGCAGUACGGCAAGCGGUUGACUUAUAUUGUCUCUCUGGUUGGAGCAGCGGUGAGUCCAUAUGUAACAAGCAACGGACAAUGGAUUGGCCGUAGCAUCCUUGCUGGAUUCUUCACGGCCCCAAUUGAAGCUCUUCCAGAGGUAUCUGUCACGGACGUGUAUUUUACACACGAGCGGGGAACAUACAUGGCUCUAUACGCCUUCUUUCUCGCAGGAAGCAACUACUUUGCGCCGGUGAUCUGUGGGUUCAUCGCCGAGUACCAUGGCUGGCAAUGGGUGUUCUAUUGGCCGGCUAUCUUCUGCGCCGGUGCCAUUGUGUUUCUGUUCUUCUUCAUGGAAGAGACAAACUAUUCACGAGGCGACUCCCAUCCCGCGACGGCGGAGGAUCCUGUCGAGCCGACCACGACUUCGGAGCAUGGAGAUCAAGAAAAGGCGGCGCCGGUUGCCUCGCGAGGGGAUACGGCAUACGGCACGAUCUACACGAAGAAGACGUACAUUCAGAAACUGUCCCUGUGGGGGCCUCGGCAGCCCAAGAACAACAUGCUGCGGCGAUUCUACCACACACUGUACUAUCUGUCGUGGCCGGUUAUCUUCUACGCGGGUUUCUCAUACGGGUCGUACCUGGUAUGGUUCAACGUGUUGAAUGGUACUGCCUCGAUAAUCUUGGGCUCCGCGCCGUAUAACUUUAGUUCUUCCAUGGUUGGUCUUAGCUACGUUGCAUGUUGCAUCGGGGUUGUUCUUGGAUCCCUUUUCACCGGCCGCUUCAGCGACUGGUUGACCAUUCGGCUUGCCCGACGCAACAACGGCAUCAUGGAGGCGGAGCAACGUCUCUGGCCCUUCACGAUCUGUCUGAUCAUAGUCCCGGGGUCUUUGAUCCUCUGGGGCGUAGGCGCAGCGCACCACGUCCACUGGUUCGGACUGUUAGUUGCCAUGUGUAUUCUCGCCAUGGCCAAUACAUGCGGGAUCACGCUCAGCGUCAACUACCUAGUCGACAGCUACCGGGAACUGAGUGGCGACGCCAUGUCCAGUAUCAUCUUGGUACGGAACACGAUGUCGUUUGCCAUUGGCUAUGGAAUCACCCCUUGGAUCAACAACCUCGGGUACCAGAACUGUUUCAUAUCAGCCGCUUUCAUCGGCAUGACCUGUUCGGCCGUCUUCCUAGUGAUGAUCCGAUGGGGUAAGACGUUUCGAACCCGCAGCCGCGAGAAGUACUGGAAGUUGGUGAUAGAGAACUGGGAGAAGGGGAUGAGCCAUUGA